AACUAUUUGCCAUUGAUCACCAUUUUCUUCGGAUCUCCAAAGUUGUAUGAACAUAUUUUGCUCCAGGUAAGUGCUUGUUAUGAAAAUGAAAGCCCUUAUUUAGCAGGUUUGUAGAUCUACGACCAAAAUUGCAUUCGAAGGAAUCUGAUUUAUAUAUUCAGUUGGGGGCAAACACCGAUCAAAAAGUAUUUCUUAAAAAACAUCCAUUAUGCUAUGAGAGUAUUUGCCAUAACCAAUCCAAGACUAGACACCUUUAGGUUAUACUACAGCCAGGCGACUUCAUACAGAAAGCACCAGUUGGAACUGAUUAAUUGGUGGAACCAAGAUAAAGGUUUAUUUCACCAUCCAACUUUGCCUUCGAAAAAGUCCGUAUACAAGGAUUUUCAUGGCAAAUACUUGCAUGUGCCAGUUUUGCAUAAACCCCCAUGGCAUUUUGUGCGAUACAAUGCAAGCCCCUCAAAGUCGUUUGAGGUGAUUGGAGGAAGGGAUCACAGAAUCCUACACUUGUUAUCCAAAAAACUGAAUUUCAGGUUUCGCUACUCGGAUCCUCCGGAAAGAAGCCAAGGAUCGUCUGAUUCUGAGAGCGGAGGGUUUAAUGGUGUCUUAGGAUUGCUGUCAGAAAGGGAAGCGGACUUAUUUAUUGGAGACAUGGGAAUCACAUAUGAAAGGGCCACAGUUGUCGAGUUUUCCUUUAUUACUCUGGCUGAUAGUGGUGCAUUUGUUACACACGCGCCCAGCAGAUUAAAUGAAGCAUUGGCUCUUUUAAGACCCUUUCAAUGGCAGGUUUGGCCUGCGAUUGGCUUAACGUGCAUUGUGGUCGGCCCUUUCUUGUACGCCUUAAUAGCUUUACCUAAUAUCUGGCAACCUCGUUUUCCAGUGCGAUCUCAUGCUAGAUUAUUCUUUGACUGCACUUGGUUUACCAUUACGAUUUUACUGAAACAAACUGGAAAAGAGCCGAGCGCUACCCACAAAGCAAGAGCAUUCAUUAUGCUUCUCUCCAUUUCUGCUACCUAUGUAAUAACCGACAUGUAUUCAGCUAAUCUGACUUCCCUACUGGCUCGCCCUGGAAGAGAAAAAGCGAUUAAUAAUCUUUAUCAGUUGAAAGGCGUGAUGCAAUCCAAAGAUUUCAAGUUAUUUGUGGAAAAGCAAAGUCCUUCCUAUGGUUUGUUGGAGAAUGGCAGUGGGAUUUAUGGGGAAAUAUGGGAUGAGAUGGAGAGAAGGCAGAAUAGAUAUGCAGUGGAAUCGGUGGAGGAAGGAGUGAAGUUGGUUAGGGAUAAUAAAAAUGUUGCUGUUAUGGCUGGGCGAGAAACCUUGUAUUUUGAUAUACAGCGCUUUGGUCCAAAGAAUUUUCAUCUGAGCGAAAAACUAAAUACUGCAUAUUCUGCCAUAGCGUUGCAAUCGGGAUGUCCUUUCAUAGAAGAAAUCAAUAAAAUGCGAGUUUUCUAG